AUGCAAAAUGACCUUGCGUCCAUUCAUCUCCAAGGUCACAAAGCGCAGGUAGGAAACUGCCAAAUUCCUACCUCGGUGCUCAUUUUUCCCCCGAAUCCGGAAGCUGCACUCUCCGCCCCAUUCCCUGGUUUCGGCCAGGGAGUAUGUGCAAUUGCCGUAAUAGUGGAUCAAUUGCCUGUCAAAAGUCCGGUAGUGUGGAUCUCCGACGAUGUAGCAACGGCAGAAGUGAUCACCAGGCAACAGCGAACAGGGCCGUAUCUGGGACUGUCGGAUUGGGACACAUUCGCCGUCGACGUUCUUUGCGAAGUAGGUGAAUAUGUCGAGCCGUUCACCUCGCUUGCACGGGGAACUUAA